CGCGGCCGGAGGAGCUGCUGCCGGUCCCGCAUCGCCGCCGCCCCCCCCAGCGCCAUGAACGGACAGCUCAACGGCUUCCACGACGUGCUCAUCGACGAGGGCACCUUCCUCUUCACCUCCGAGUCCGUGGGCGAGGGGCACCCAGAUAAGAUCUGCGACCAGAUCAGUGACGCUGUCCUGGACGCUCACCUCAAGCAGGACCCCGAUGCCAAGGUGGCCUGUGAAACGGUGGCGAAGACAGGGAUGAUCCUGCUGGCCGGGGAGAUCACGUCCCGCGCGGCGGUGGAUUACCAGAAGGUGGUUCGGGACACCAUCAAACACAUCGGUUACGAUGACUCCUCCAAAGGCUUCGACUACAAGACGUGCAAUGUGCUGGUGGCUCUGGAGCAGCAGUCGCCUGACAUCGCUCAGGGUGUGCAUCUGGACCGCAGCGAGGAGGACAUCGGUGCUGGGGACCAGGGGCUGAUGUUCGGCUAUGCCACGGAUGAGACGGAGGAGUGCAUGCCCCUCACCAUCGUCCUGGCGCACAAGCUCAACGCCAAGCUGGCCGAGCUGCGCCGCAACGGCACCCUGCCCUGGCUGCGCCCCGACUCCAAGACGCAGGUGACAGUGCAGUACAUGCAGGACCGCGGCGCCGUCAUCCCCAUCCGCGUGCACACCAUCGUCAUCUCGGUGCAGCACGACGAGGACGUGUCCCUGGAUGAGAUGAGGGAUGCGCUCAAGGAGAAGGUCAUCAAAGCUGUGGUGCCAGCCAAGUACCUGGAUGAUGACACCAUCUACCACCUGCAGCCCAGCGGCCGCUUCGUCAUCGGGGGUCCCCAGGGUGACGCCGGCCUCACCGGCCGCAAGAUCAUCGUGGACACGUACGGGGGGUGGGGGGCUCACGGCGGCGGUGCCUUCUCGGGCAAGGACUACACCAAAGUGGACCGCUCGGCUGCCUACGCCGCGCGCUGGGUGGCCAAGUCCCUGGUGAAGGCCGGGCUGUGCCGCAGGGUGCUGGUGCAGGUGUCGUACGCCAUUGGGGUGUCCCACCCCUUGUCCAUCUCCAUCUUCCACUAUGGCACCUCCCAGAAGAGCGAGCGGGAGCUGCUGGACAUCGUCAAGAAGAACUUUGACCUUCGCCCCGGGGUGAUCGUCAGGGACCUGGACCUGAAGAAGCCCCUGUACCAGCGGACCGCAGCCUAUGGCCACUUCGGUAGGGACAGUUUCCCUUGGGAAGUGCCCAAAAAACUCAAGUACUGAGGCAGAUCCUGGCCCUUGUCAGGCUCUUCCCCCCACCCCGGCGGGCGUAGGCUACAGAGAAGCCCCUGGGCUCUGGGGGGUAAGAGCUGGGCCCCCCCCGGCCCCCCCAUGUCCCUCCCUAUUCCCUCUUGCCAUGGGUUCCAUGGGGACCACGUGUGGCCUCUGCCCCCCCAACCCCUCCGGCUGCUCUUGGAACCUGGUGGUGGCACAUCCGAGUUCAGAGAUGGCAAAACCCCCCCCGAGGGGGGGGUCACACCGUGUCCUGCCCCCCCCCACGGUGCAGAUGGAGCUGCGGGGGGGGGGGGGGUCCCUGCUGGUGCUGGACUUGUCCUAACCCUGAUUUUAACUGCUUAUCCCUCAGACACACAUGGGGGACACAAACACACACCUGGUGCUGGGGGGGGGACACGGUGUUAAAACCAACCCCCCCCCCCCCGGUGUGAGGAGGAAAACCCUUCGCUGGUUGUUUUAAGUUGUAUUUUUAGCCAACAACCGAAGUGACUCCACAACUGCACAACCCUCCCGGGGGGGGCUCGGAUGGAUCCGGGGGGGGGGGGGGCACUGAAAGCUUUGGGGGGGGGAUGUUGAUACUUGAACGUGUUUUUCUAGCGGUGUAUUUAUUGUGUGCUGAGGGGGGUGUGAGUACAGAGAAGCCCCCUUCACACGGCAGCUCUUGACCCCCCCCC